AGAGAAAUGAACUGGGCCCCUAAUUUCUCCUUUCCCACGAAUCCUUUUUGGGCGCAAUGUUUGACUAGGCUUGCUGCCUAGCUGUUCCACCCCCUCAUUUUUAUUUUUUUAAAAAAGUAUUUUAACUAUUUUAAGACACGGUGGGGGAGGGGGGGACUCAGCCCAGUGCGUAUGAAAUCAUCAUAAGCAAGAUGGAUUUGCUUGUGAUCCAAAUCAGUAACAUGGCUCUGGUAUCAGCUGAUUCCCGCAUUGCCGAAAUCCUCGGGGAGUUGCAUCAGCUUAUCAAGCAGACACAGGAGGAACGAUUGAGGAGUGAACACAACCUGGUGAACAUCCAGAAGACACACGAGAGGAUGCAGACGGAAAACAAGAUCUCUCCGUACUAUCGGACCAAGUUGCGGGGCCUCUACACAACAGCCAAGGCCGAUGCGGAAGCUGAAUGCAACAUCCUGCGUAAAGACUUGGAUAAGAUCGCUGAGAUUAAGUCGCUUCUGGAAGAACGCCGGAUUGCUGCCAAGAUAGCCGGCCUUUACAAUGACUCGGAGCCCCCGCGCAAGACCAUGCGCCGUGGUGUGCUGAUGACGCUCCUCCAGCAGUCGGCCAUGACUCUUCCCUUGUGGAUUGGGAAACCUGGAGAGAAGCCUCCUCCACUCUGCGGUGCCAUCCCUGCCUCCAGCGAUUAUGUGGCCAAACCAGGGGACAAGGUGGCCGCCCGUGUCAAGGCCGUGGACGGGGAUGAGCAGUGGAUCUUGGCUGAGGCCGUGAGCUACAACCACGCCACCAACAAGUAUGAAGUGGACGACAUUGACGAAGAAGGGAAAGAGCGCCACACCCUGAGUCGGCGUCGCAUCAUCCCCUUGCCCCAGUGGAAGGCCAACCCUGAAACAGACCCUGAGGCCCUCUUCCAGAAAGACCAGCUGGUCCUGGCUUUGUAUCCACAAACAACGUGCUUCUAUAGAGCGCUGAUCCACACUCCGCCCCAGCGGCCCCAGGAUGAUUACUCCGUGCUGUUUGAGGACACCAGCUACGCGGACGGCUACUCUCCGCCCCUCAACGUGGCCCAGCGCUAUGUGGUGGCAUGCAAAGAAACCAAGAAGAAGUGACAGUGCCCCCUAGUGGGUGGCGGCGGUGUGGCCUGGCGAGGAACCGGAGCAAUCCGAUGGGACUUUUGCAAUUGCAAGUUUAAUACAGCAGCAACUAAACAGAAAUCCAGCAGGUGCCGGAGACACGUUUUUUACUCCAAGCAGUGUAAAUCCCAACGUGAUUCAAGCAGUCAGCUCUCCACCAGGGGAAUGUGUUGCAAUUUAAUUAGACAAACAACUUCCAACAGUUCUCUGCCGUUGUGGGAAUCAGCGGCUCCUUUCGGAGGCAGCCGUGCUAAGACGUUGCAAUAGAUACUCCUGGAUGAAGAGGCCAUUGCUUGACGCACGUGGGGAUUUAUGCUACUUGGAUGAAUCAACGUGUCUCUUGCACCUGUUGGAUUUCUGUCUGUGUCUGCUUUGUGGCAGUUGAGAUUUAAUAAAGCACCAUGUUUUUGUCA